CCACCGGGUCUUUCAAACAUGGCGGACGUAAAACCAUCCAACUCCAGUAACCCCAUUGUUUUCUUCGAUAUAUCUGUCGGUGGACAGGAAAUCGGAAGGAUAAAAAUGGAGCUGUUUGCAGACAUCGUUCCAAAGACUGCCGAGAAUUUCAGAGUACUUUGCACAGGAGAACACAGAAAGGACGGUGUGCCCAUUGGGUUCAAGGGGUCAUCAUUCCACAGAGUGAUCAAAGACUUCAUGAUUCAAGGAGGAGAUUUUGUCAACCAUGAUGGCACAGGACUGACCAGUAUCUACGGCGGAGCUUUCCCUGAUGAGAACUUCAAACUGAAACACACAGGGCCAGGCAUGCUGUCCAUGGCCAACAGUGGUCCCAACACUAACGGCUGCCAGUUCUUCAUCACCUGUGCCAAGUGUGACUUCCUGGAUGGCAAACACGUUGUGUUCGGUAAGGUGGUGGAUGGAAUGUUGGUGGUCCGGAAGGUGGAGAAUGUGCCGACUGGACCUAACAACAAACCCAAGAUCCCUGUUACUGUGGCACAGUGUGGGGAGAUGUGACCACUGUAUGGCUGUUAGAGUGAGAUCAAGAAAUGUAGAAUAACGUUAUACAUUACUAGUAUAUGGUAGUAAUGGUAUUGGUAUCUAUGUUAAGUAUAAAAUACAGUAUGUCUUUAUGGGGACAUUUUUAAGAUAUAGGAGUCAGUGUUUUUUUUUUGUAAAUCGAGGUAACAAAUGAGAACAAGGUCCACCUUCCAAAUGUAUAAUUGCGAUGAACAAGAAGAAAGACAAAACUGUAAGAUUUGAUAAGGAACAGGGAAGCCAUUGUAAAGCUUUUCUGUAGUCAUCUAAGGAUAAUGCUAACCAUUCCAGUAAUAUGUAAAUGUGCAGGUACAUUGUACAUGUAGCUUCUAGACACUAACUAAGGAUUAUAGAAUUUAUUAUCUUCCUCCUGCGAAGAUUGCCACAAGGGACAUAGACAUUGGCUGAAACACCUUCAGGUGGUGAAUAAAACAACCCAUUUUUACAAACAUCGUUGCUCCAGUGAUUUGUACAGUAGUGCAGUAGUGCUAGUGGCUGUAGAAGUACCAAACUAAGGUAAAGAAGCAUCUUAACAACACUCCUAUCACAUCAGGGUUGAACUGCAGCCAAUCAAAUCUUUGUAGGAAUCAAUAUUUAUCCCAUCAUUUCCAUAUUUUCCGUGUCAUUAAGUGGAUGAAUGUUAAUCUUCGAGAGAAUACUUGAUGGACUUGUACGUAAGAGAAUGAUAAUACUGGAGGCUCCAAACUGGUUUGAAAGUUAUGUUUUCUAUUGCUGGAAUUUGUGCAGGCAUGUACACUGUUCUUGGUCUGUUGCACAGCAUACUUGCAAGACUAAGGCAUUAACUGUGGUGUUUGAAACCUGUUUUCACAGUGAGAGCACUCUGGUGUGGUCCCUUCAUUGCCUGUGGGAUUUUCAUGCAGAAAAAAAUUGAAGCUUUUUUUUUUUUACUGUUUUAGACACAGACAAUCUACUCCAAUACAACAUUUGAUUUUUAGACAAACAUGGCUCUGGUGGUUAGACAAAGGUUUACUGAAAUAUAUUUGUAUAACAAACUGGAGUUUAUAAACUGGGGCCAUUUCUAAGCACAUUUUCUUCCAUUCAG